AGCCUUAUCAUCCAAUCACACCCAAACAGGCAAUCCUAUGAAACAAUUCACGUUUUAACUGUAAACUGUAUUUUGUGAGAGUUGACCCUCCACUCACUCAGUUACCUACCCACGCCGCCAAUGGGGUCGCCGGAAACAACCACUACAUCAUUCCCAUCUUUCCUGAAGCCCCUAAUAACCAUAGACGCCUCGGUUUCACUCUUCCUCCACACACUCUUCAAGCCUAUCUUCCCAAUUUUCCUUCUCCUCCUCCUCGAAUACUCCGCCGAUUUCCGGUUCUCCUUCCCUGUUUCCCUCUCUCUGUUCCUCGCUUCCCCUUCCUUUUCGUCUCUAUUCAUCCCUUUCAUCCUCGGCCACCUCCUCGAUCUCGCUUUGAUCGGCCUCAUCAAACUAACCUUCCGCCGUACCCGUCCUCAUUACAACCCAAACAUGUCCCCCGCUGUUCGCGCUGAUAACUUCUCAUUCCCUAGUGGCCACGCUUCAAGGGUUAUGUUUUUAGCUACUCUCUUCCACCUUAUUUUUCAAAACCACGGGGGACUCAUUUCGGAUUUUAUUCUACGGUGGGUUAAAUUUCAACCCGGUUUUUUUCUAUUUGGCGUAUGGGUUUGGGCUAUUCUGACUGCUAUUUCAAGGGUUUUGCUUGGAAGGCAUUUCCUUUCCGACGUUUUGGCCGGGGCGUUUGUUGGGGUGCUUGAAGGGAUUGUUGCGUUUCGGUUUUUGAGAUUUUAGAGAGCGUUCUCAAAGGUAUGGGGUUUGAUUUUUUGUUACUAAUGUUUGUACUUUUUACAUGGGGGGAAUUGUUUUGCUUUGUAAUAAUUGAUUUCAAAGUUGUUGAUAAUUGAAAUUCAUACUAUGUAUUUUAAGCUAAUUAUUUAUCACUCUUUGGAUUGCUUUCAAAA